AUGAAGACUUUUGUAAGUAUCAGUAUCAUCGCUUUGGCUAUUUUCGGUGUUGCGGCUGCUGGACGUGACCGUCGUGGUGCAGUUUGGGGCUACGGUGAUCAUGGAGUUUAUGGUGCACAUGGAUUUUACGGAGGGCAUGGGGCUUAUGGCGCCCAUGGUGUAGCUCUUGCUGGACACUCCGUAGGACCAGCUAGUGUUGUUGGACCACAUGCUGGAGCAUCUGCUUUGGCUGGUCCAGCAAUUGGACCCUCUCAUCUUGCUGGAUCUGUCGCUGGACCGGUGCACGUUUCUGGUGCCGUUGCUGGACCCGCUACCGUAACUGCUUCCGUUGCUGGACCUGCUCACGUUGAGGGCUACGAUGGACAUUACGAUGGUGCUUAUGGUCAUGGUUUUGCUCAUGGAUAUGGUGGUUUCGCCCAUGGAUUUGGUCACGGAUACGGAUACGGUCAUGGAGCUCAUGGUGGUCACGGUGUCGUGGUCGUUGGUCCUGCUUCCCAUGGUGCUGUCAUUUCUGGACCCCACUCUGGUACUGCUGCAGUUUCCGGUCCCCAUGCUGGUGAUGUUGUAAUUUCUGGACCAUCUGGAAAAAUUACCGCUCAUGGUUCUGGUCAUGGUGCUGCCAUCCAUGCCGGUUACGGUCACGGUCAUCAUUGGUAA